ACAAAUUGCACACUGCAAAUAGCAUACCUCUGCCUAAUAGCAAUCAAGUUCGGUAUGGGAUGGUGCAGUGUGCCAGACAUAUAAGCAAAACAGCUUGUGGGGAUUCUUUGAAUCAGCUUGGCAUGGCUAUACAGCAAGGACAGGUGGGGUGGAGAAUUUUGGGAGCAAGUUGCUUUAUAAGGUAUGAGGAGUUCUCCUUCGCUUUGCAAUCAUCUGCUGCUCAGCCAGCACCGCCACCAAGUCCCACCACGGUACCUCCGACUAAGCAAGGUGAGUCUAACAGGUUGAGUGAUGAGGAUCAUACAGGAAUUGGAUAG